AUUGGGUGUGAUCGUAGCCAGAACCUUGUGGACAUUUGUCGAGAGAGGCAGUUCCAGGCCUUAGUCUGUGAUGCACUAGCUGUUCCUGUCAGAAGUGGGUCUUGUGAUGCUUGCAUCUCUAUUGCUGUCAUUCACCACUUUGCAACUGCAGAGCGCAGAGUGGAAGCUCUCCAAGAACUUGCCCGUCUCCUGAGACCUGGUGGGCAGGCCCUCAUUUAUGUCUGGGCAAUGGAACAAGAGUAUAAAAAUCAGAAGUCCAAGUAUCUUAGAGGAAAGAGAAUUAGCCAAGGAGAUAAAGAUGAGCUAAACAGUGCCACAUCCACGGAAGAAUUUCUAGUAAAUCAAACGCCUGAGGGGGUCAAUGAAGACCCAGCAUUGUCUGUCCACUCCAGUAGUAACACCAAGGAAGAAGAGUAUAAGUCAAGGAAAGUUCCUAAUUCUGAACUCCCUAUUCAUAUAAAUAGGACCUGCUUUCAUUCCCAAGAUGUGCUGGUUCCCUGGCACCUCAAAGGAAACCCUGGUAAAGACAAAGCUGUUGAACCAUCUGGUGUAGCAGGAUGUCCUGACCCAAGUCCUGUGUUUCAUCGUUAUUACCAUAUUUUCUGUGAUGGAGAAUUGGAAGCUUCAUGCCAGGCUGUGGGUGAUGUUAGCAUUCUGCAGAGCUAUUAUGAUCAAGGGAAUUGGUGUGUUGUUCUUCAAAAGGUCUGAUCACUUAUCUGAACAUAUCAUGUGUAAAGAAAAAAAUGUCAAUCUGUUUUUGAAAAGGAAACUAAAUUAUCUCUUUAAAUAAUGAGAAAAUUUGGAAGAGAGAUACUUAGGAAACAUUUUUCUCUAUUCCCAUUGUCUGACUUCAUAAACGUAGGUUCCUCUUACAUGCCUUUUAAGUAUGGUGUUUGACAUUAACUUGUGAAAAUUUUGUCUGUGAUGUUUGUAUAUAUAUAUAGCAUUUGAAGAUAA